UUCGACACUAACGGUAGUCCGGUAGUCCGGUGCCUCCCUAAAAACAAGGCGGACUACCCAAAAAUUGUAAAUCAGUAGUCCUGUGGACACCCUGAAUUUUGUGUAUGAUCUGGUUAUUUCAAUGCUAAAAUAAGAUUAAAGCAUUCAUGUCACGCUUUCAAUUAAUAAAUUUAUUUUACUUCACGAUUGACAGGAUGUUUACACUUAUAAUCAUAUAUGUGACUCGACAGCUAGCCUUAAGAACGACCCAUUAUCUCGCCCCAGGUUAUUAGGCCGAAUGACGCAAAUCGGGCGGAACUCUUCGGACUUUUACCUUAUGUUGAAUCAUGAGGGACGUUUGCGUAAAGUGGCGAAUGAACGGAAUGAACCGCACAUCACGAUCUUUCAAGCGCUUUUUAAAACCGGGUAUCGACAAAGUCAAAAUCGCGUAAGAUCGACAUUGAAUAAAAGAAAUGUCAACAUUAGAUUCCUAUUUCGGGACCCAACCUCCCCUUAAAAGAACCAAAACAUCAGAGGAAAAGAAAGACUCACAGAAAAAUUAUGAAAAAAGUAAAAGAAAAAGGAGUUAUUGUGUCGACUGGGAAAAAGAUUUCACCUGGCUUCAAAAUUCUGGUGAUGAAGGCAUGACAUGUAAGACCUGUAAAAAGUAUGAAAAAGAGGGGCAGUGGGUAGAGGGGUCAUCAAACUACAGAAUUGAAGCUGUUAGAAAGCAUGGAAGCUCAGAAACGCAUAUGAAAAAUGUAAAAAAACAAAUGGCCACAUCAAUACCUCCAUCAGAAUCAACAGCUGAGAAAACACUAUUGAUGAUGAAGAAGGCUGCAUUCAACAAAUUGACAUUGCUCUUUCGUAAUGCACAUUAUAUUGGUAAAAACAAUCGUCCCUACACAGACUAUAUUAGCCUCUGUGCAUUGGACAAGGCCAAGGACCUGGACAUUGGCGACACAUACAUGACAGACAAAUCCUGCCAAAUGUUUAUUCAUGCCAUUUCUUCAGCAAGACAGAAUGAACAGGAUGACAUCAUAAAAAACAGUAGUUUUAUCUCUGUGAUUUCUGAUGGGUCCACAGACGUCUCAUCCAAGGAAGCGGAGAUAAUUUAUGUGCGCUGUUCCGUAAAAUGUAGGGUGUCAACUCUUUUUAUUGGUGUGAAGAAUGUUGCCAAAGCUGAUGGUAAUAACAUAAGUAUUGCCAUUAGUACUUUGUUAACAGAGAGAUUCCAGCAAUCAUGGAAAGACAAGCUUAUUGCUAUGGGCACUGACGGAGCAUCAGUGAUGUUAGGAAAGUCUAGUGGAGUGGUAAAGAGAAUAAGUGACAUGACCAGCAAACCAGUUCAUGCAAUUCAUUGUUCAGCACACAGGAUUGAAUUGGCAUACAAAGAUGCAAUCAAGAUGGUGAAAAUCUGGCAGCGAUGUGAUGCGCUGAUGCUGAACAUCUAUCUGUUUUACAAAUACAGUCCACUGAACAGAUCUAACUUGCAGGCUAGCUUCAAAAGCUUAGAUCAGAAGAUGUUAACACCAACCAGAGUCGGUGGGACACGCUGGGUGCCUCACCAUGAGAGAGCUUUGACCACAAUACUACAAGGGAAAGAAGCCAUUACUCAACAUCUUGAACAGAUGCAAGUACCAGGUGAAUCCAGGAAAGAUUCCAGUGCAAAGGCACGGAACUUUUUAAAAGCUUUGAAAGAUAAGAAUGUUUCCUUCUGGUUGCAUUUCAUGCUAGACGUCAUUAAAACUUUGAGUACUGUUUCUAGGACAGUCCAAAGUAAAAACAGCACUGUGGGUGAUGUUUAUAAUGAAUUAGAGUCGUGCAAAACCAUACUGAACAAGUAUAUGAAAAGAGUUUGGGGAUACACUUAUUAGUGAGCUAGUGGAUGUGUGCAGCCCAGGGUUUGACGACACAGUUGAUGCUGACUCAAUUGAAUCAGAGUGGACAAGAUUUAAAUGUGAACUGUAUUCCAGCAAAAAGUCACUGCAGAUGUAUACAUGGGAAGCAGCAGCAGAUGCAUACAUGACAAAAUAUCCCAAUUUGUUCACUAUGGUGAACUACCUCCUGACGCUGCC